AUGUUUCUGCAACAGGACCAGGAAUGCAUGGCCGUCUUAAGAGGAGGAAGAGCUGCAUCCUUGCAUGAAACAUGCUCAUCAUCAGCCAUCACACUUCAGAGCAGACUCCUAUCAGAGAGCGUAACCAAUGAUCCUCCUCACGCCGACGUUCUAAAUUGUCCUGGAAGAAACACGUACAGCGAUCAGAAGCCGCCGUAUUCGUAUAUUUCGCUCACCGCUAUGGCCAUUCAGAGUUGCCCGGAGAAGAUGCUCCCGCUCAGCGAAAUUUACAAGUUCAUCAUGGACAGGUUUCCUUAUUAUCGGGAAAACACACAGCGCUGGCAGAACUCUCUUCGCCACAACCUUUCCUUCAACGACUGCUUCAUCAAGAUCCCGCGGAGACCGGACCAGCCGGGCAAAGGCAGCUUCUGGGCUCUCCAUCCCAACUGCGGAGACAUGUUUGAAAACGGGAGCUUCUUGAGGCGCCGCAAGAGAUUCAAAGUGAUGAUCACCUCCGAGCACCUGCAAAAACCCUCAGACGCGGCGCAUUACCUCCAGCAACAAGCAAAACUCAGAAUGAUCGCUUUAGGGACACAUCUACCUCAGAUGACCAGCUACAACUUAAGUGCGUCUCAACCCUCCACUUUCAAACACCCCUUUGCCAUCGAAAACAUCAUUGCCAGAGAUUACAAAAUGCCAGGAAGCCUGGCUUUCUCCACCAUGCAGUCCAUGUCUUCGGGUUAUCAGAUACACAAUCAGUUGACCACGGCAUGGCCCCACAUGUAUAGCGGUAAUGUGAUAGAUGCUGAGUAUACUGCCUAUGGAGUACCACUCAAAUCCCUGAGUCAUGGCGCGCAAAGUUUACCGGCGAUCCCUGUGCCAAUCAAACCCGCUCCAGCUUCGGUCGCGUCCAUCCCGGCGUUGCAUGCGCACCUUCCAGCGUUCCUCUGCGGCUCUGCACAGUCCCUCAGCCCGACGUCUCCCAGCCAGAGCAGCCCCGCCACACCGAGCCCGACCUCGCUGCUCCAUUCGGUCGCCGUGCACUGUCAAGAGGUCACUUAA